AAGCCUUCUAUUCAGCUGCAGCGUGCAAUCUCAAGUGUCAGCUUCCUAGAGCCAUCACAAACAAAUAUCAAGCGACUAAACGCCUACUGAAUUCUACAUUGCUAAUAUGAAAUCUGCUUUCUACGUCACUGCUUUGGUGCUUUUCUGCAUUGCCUCAUCGGCUUUUGCUAUAGAGGAGCUAACAUCAGAGGAGCGAACAACGGAUCCCAAUCGGGAAGAACCGGUAAAUCCAACAUCAGAGGAGGCAAAAACAGAGCACAAUGGUGAACAACCGAAAACAUUUGGAGGAAAAGGGAGAAAAGGUGAAAAAGGAGAACCAGGAGAUUCAGGCAAACGAGGAAGACCGGGCAUAAACGGAGACACCGGAGCUACAGGUAAAAAAGGUGUAGCUGGUCUAAAAGGAGAGCCCGGAGAUCAAGGUGAAAUGGGAAUACCUGGUCUACAAGGACCAUCAGGAUUUCACGGAUUUCCAGGACGAAUUGGACCUGCUGGAUCUAGAGGAAAACAAGGUUUAACAGGAAAGCGUGGGAAAAAGGGAAAAAAGGGAUCUCCAGGAGAAUCUGGAAAAUGUGGAAACACCGUACCUCCAGGAUUUCCUGAAAUACGGUGUCCAAAAGGAGACAAGGGACCAAAGGGAUCUUCCGGACUUCCAGGAAUACAAGGUCAAAAAGGAGAUGCAGGGCCAAAGGGACCUUCCGGACCAAUGGGACCUUCCGGACCAAUGGGAUCUUCCGGACCAAUGGGACCUUCCGGACCAAUGGGAUCUUCAGGACCAACGGGACCUUCCGGACCAACGGGACCUUCCGGACCAAUGGGACCUUUCGGACCAAAGGGAUCUUCUGGACUUCCAGGAAAACAAGGUCAAAAAGGAGAUGCAGGACCAAUGGGACCUAUCGGAUUAGGCGGCGAAGAGGGACAGCGCGGACCAGUGGGACCUCCCGGUGUUCCAGGAUUAUCGGGACACAAUGGACACAAUGGUGACACAGGUGCGAAGGGUGAGAAAGGGGAGAGCGUUACAUCAACUUUUGUAAUGAACUGGAAACAAUGUACGGAAACUAAGGGUAACGCCAACGCAAAUGGAUCAUUAAUUAGUUGCUCAUUCAAAAAAAAUGAAGACAAAACGUCACUACAUGUGGAAUUUGGAGGGGCUUUACGAAUACUCCACAACGGAAUUCGAUCUCACGGUAGUAGCGUUGUUUGUGCUCGAUGGUACUUUACAUUUGAUGGAGAAGAAUGCGAUCCACCCAUUGAUGGUGUCGUGUAUGAGGGUGGGAGAAGCAAUACACAUCAUCCAAACCAAAUCGGUGGUAUAUGUCAAAAAGCCACGAAAGGCAGUGGCAUUAGAGGCGGCAAGGUUAAAAUUGAUUUUAACAUUGGACACUGUCAUCAUUAUAGUCGAAAACGAAAAGGCAUCCCUUAUCUCGGCUUGGAUUCUGUUUCACGAGUAAUAAUCACUGAAGUGCCUCCACCUCAGGAUUGAGAAGCUACUUUGUAACCACUUGUGCAACUGAUGACUUUUAAAUGCUAGUAACACACAGCAAAGCGUAGUUGCAAGACGUCUAGCUGCACGGCAUUUUUUGCUGUCGAAUGAACAUUUGCUACACUAACUACAGUAUAUGGAAAGUAAUUUACUGCUGAUAAAUACGCUAAGCAAUGGCUGUUGUAUGAGCAGAAACGUAGUCGAAAUAUGCAGCUGUUUUG